AAACUGAAUAUUCCUCUCUGGUCUACCAGGAUCUAUCAAAGACCAGACCUCCCUGAUCCUGGACCUGGAUGGGGACCUGGACCUGAUCCUGAUCCUGAUCCUGAUCCUGAUCCUGAUCCUGAUCCUGAUCCUGAUCCUGGACCCGGAGCCAGCUGUGUGUCCUUAAAGAGCAACCAGUCAAAGGGGGAACCUCUGGCGUUUAAAGAUGGAUUCUUCAGUCCUGAACCGAGGAUCCAUCAGAAACCAGAGCUACCUGGACCUGGACCUGGACCUGGACCUGGACCCAGCUGUGUGUCCUUAAAGAGCAACCAGUCAAAGGGGGAACCUCUGGCGUUUAAAGAUGGAUUCUUCAGUCCUGAACCGAGGAUCCAUCAGAGACCAGAGCUACCUGAACCUGAACCUGAACCUGGACCUGGACCUGGACCUGGACCUGGACCUGGACCUGGAUCUGGACCCAGCUGUGUGUCCUUAAAGAGCAACCAGUCAAAGGGGGAACCUCUGGCGUUUAAAGAUGGCCGCCCCUCAGUCACGCCGAGACUGGACCAGGACCAGGACCAGGAGAGCUCAGAGGGUCCCAGAGGUCCGCCUGCCCAGCAGCAUCAGUCACAUCUGGACUCUGUUAUUAUGCUGCUGGAGGACAGCAUCGUCACUUUUGUGAAGAACGAGCUAAAGACGAUCCAGAAGGUUCUGAGGCCAGAUUACCCAGAAUGCUUAGAGAGUGAGAGGGAGGAUGAGGAGGUGCUGGACGGUGAGGAUGAGGAGCAGAGGAGGAGCAGCAGAGAGGCGUUUCUGAAGAUCACACUGAACUUCCUGAGGAGGAUGAAGCAGGAGGAGCUGGCUGACUGUCUGCAGAGACAAUCUCCUUCCAUGUGCCAGAUUAACCUCAAGUCUAACCUGAAGGAGAAGUUCCAGUGUGUGUUUGAGGGGAUCGCUAAAGCAGGAAACCCAACUCUUCUGAAUCAGAUCUACACAGAGCUCUACAUCACAGAGGGAGGGACUGCAGAGGUCAACGAUGAACACGAGGUCAGACAGAUUGAAACAGCAUCCAGGAAACCAGACAGACCAGAAACAACAAUCAGACAAGAAGACAUCUUUAAAGCCUCACCUGGAAGAGAUGAACCAAUCAGAACAGUGAUGACAAAGGGAGUGGCUGGCAUCGGGAAAACAGUCUUAACACAGAAGUUCACUCUGGACUGGGCUGAAGACAAAGCCAACCAGGACAUCCAGUUCACAUUCCCAUUCACUUUCAGAGAGCUGAAUGUGCUGAAGAAGAAGAAGUACAGCUUGGUGGAGCUUGUUCAUCACUUCUUUACUGAAACCAAAGAAGCAGGAAUCUGCAGGUUUGAAGAGUUCCAGGUUAUGUUCAUCUUUGACGGUCUGGAUGAGUGUCGACUUCCUCUGGACUUCCACAACAACAAGAUCCUGACUGAUGUUACAGAGUCCACCUCAGUAGAUGUGCUGCUGACAAACCUCAUCAGGGGGAAACUGCUUCCCUCUGCUCGCCUCUGGAUAACCACACGACCUGCAGCAGCCAAUCAGAUCCCUCCUGAGUGUGUUGACAUGGUGACAGAGGUCAGAGGUUUCACCGACCCACAGAAGGAGGAAUACUUCAGGAAGAGAUCCAGAGAUAAGGAGCAGACCAGAACAAUCAUCUCCCACAUCAAGACAUCACAAAGCCUCCACAUCAUGUGCCACAUCCCGGUCUUCUGCUGGAUCACUGCUACAGUUCUGGAGGAGGUGUUGAAGACCAGAGAGGGAGGAGAGCUGCCCAAGACCCUGACUGAGAUGUACAUCCACUUCCUGGUGGUUCAGUCCAAAGUGAAGAACAUCAAGUAUGAUGGAGGAACUGAGACAGAUUCACACUGGAGUCCAGAGAGCAGGAAGAUGAUCAAUUCUCUGGGAAAACUGGCUUUUGAUCAGCUGCAGAAAGGCAACCUGAUCUUCUAUGAAUCUGACCUGACAGAGUGUGGCAUCGAUAUCACAGCAGCCUCAGUCUACUCAGGAGUGUUCACACAGAUCUUUAAAGAGGAGAGAGGACUGUACCAGGACAUGGUGUUCUGCUUCGUCCAUCUGAGUGUUCAGGAGUUUCUGGCUGCUCUCCAUGUCCAUCAGACCUUCUUCAACUCUGGAGUCAAUCUGAUGGCAGAAGAACAAAAAACCUCCUGGCUGCCUGAAGUCUUCAGAGACAAACCUAAACCAACACAUCUCUACCAGAGUGCUGUGGACAAGGCCUUACAGAGUCCAAACGGACACCUGGACUUGUUCCUCCGCUUCCUCCUGGGUCUGUCACAAGACACCAAUCAGACUCUCCUACGUGGUCUGUUGACAAAGACAGGAAGUAGCUCAGAAACCAAUCAGGAAACAGUCCAGUACAUCAAGAAGAAGGUUGAGCAGAACCCUGAUCCAGAGAGGAGCAUCAAUCUGUUCCACUGUCUGAAUGAACUGAAUGAUCGUUCUCUGGUGGAGGAGAUCCAACAGUACCUGAGUUCAGGAAGUCUCUCAACAGGUAAACUGUCUCCUGCUCAGUGGUCAGCUCUGGUCUUCAUCUUACUGUCAUCAGGAGAAGAUCUGGACGUGUUUGACCUGAAGAAAUACUCUGCUUCAGAGGAGGCUCUUCUGAGGCUGCUGCCGGUGGUCAAAGCCUCCAACAAAGCUCUACUGAGCGGCUGUAACCUCUCAGAGAGAAGCUGUGCAGCUCUGUCCUCAGUUCUCAGCUCCCAGUCCUCCAGUCUGAGACACCUAGACCUGAGUAACAACGACCUGCAGGAUUCAGGACUGAAGCUCCUGUCUGCUGGACUGAAGAGUCCACAUUGUAAACUGGAUACUCUCAGGCUGUCUGGCUGUCUGAUCACAGAGGAAGGUUUUACAUCUUUGGCCUCAGCUCUGACCUCUAACCCCUCCCUUCUGAGAGAGCUGGACCUGACCUACAACCAUCCAGGAGACUCUGGAGGGAAGGUGUUGUCAGCUGGACUGGAGGAUCCACACUGGAGCCUGAACUCUCUCCGAGUGGACCGCGGUGGAGUCCAGUGGUUGAAACCAGGCUUGAAGAAGUAUUCCUGUGACCUCACUCUGGACCCGACCACGGCUCACAGGUUCCUCAAACUGUCUGAAAACAGCCGCCGGGUGACGGAUCUGAGGAAGGAGCACCGGUACCCGGACCACCCGGAGAGGUUCGACUACUGGCCUCAGGUGCUGUGUGAAACCGGUCUGACCGGUCGCUGUUACUGGGAGGUGGAGUGGGAGAGUAAGGUUUACGUGGCGGUGAGUUACCGGGGAAUCGGACGCAGCGGAGACGGCGACGGCUCCAAGUUCGGAGGGAACGAUCGGUCCUGGUGUCUGACCUGCACCGACGGGGGGUUCAACGCCUGGCACGACAACAACGGAACGCUCAUCCCUCUUCCCUCCUCUUCCUCCUCCUCUUCCUCCUCUAACAGGGUAGCGGUCUAUGUGGACUGUCCUGCUGGGAUUCUGUCCUUCUACAGAGUCUCCUCGGACUCUCUGACCCACCUCCACACCUUCAGCACUACCUUCACUGAACCUCUUUAUCCGGGCUUCGGGUUCGGGGUCAAGUUGAACGCCUCAGCGUUUCUGUGCCCCGUAGCGGGGCUGUAGUGGUUCCGGACUGAUCCGGGUCUGGUCCAGUCUGGGUCAGUUAAACCGGGUCUAGUCUGAUCUGGUCUUCAGGUCCAGUCGCUGCCUGUCGUUCUCAGAAACAUUGUUAAUGUUCCUUCUGUAGGGCCACUUGUUACACAUUCAUCAUGUUUACAUGUUACAUUCACAUGAAUGGUCUCUAUAGUCAUUCUAUAUGGAAUUAUAUCACUGUCUGAUGGAUCCCCCCUGUGUGAUAGAAUCACUGUCUGAUGGAUCCCUGUGUGUGUUAGAAUCACUGUCUGAUGGAUCCCCCCUGUGUGUUAGAAUCACUGUCUGAUGGAUCCCUGUGUGUGUUAGAAUCACUGUCUGAUGGAUCCCCCCUGUGUGUUAGAAUCACUGUCUGAUGGAUCCCCGUGUGUGUUAGAAUCACUGUCUGAUGGAUCCCCCCUGUGUGUUAGAAUCACUGUCUGAUGGAUCCCUGUGUAUGUUAGAAUCACUGUCUGAUGGAUCCCCCCUGUGUGUUAGAAUCACUGUCUGAUGGAUCCCUGUGUAUGUUAGAAUCACUGUCUGAUGGAUCCCCCUGUGUGUUAGAAUCACUGUCUGAUGGAUCCCUGUGUGUGUUAGAAUCACUGUCUGAUGGAUCCCUGUGUGUGUUAGAAUCACUGUCUGAUGGAUCCCCCCUGUGUGUUAGAAUCACUGUCUGAUGGAUCCCCCCUGUGUGUUAGAAUCACUGUCUGAUGGAUCCCCCCUGUGUGUUAGAAUCACUGUCUGAUGGAUCCCCGUGUGUGUUAGAAUCACUGUCUGAUGGAUCCCCCCUGUGUGUUAGAAUCACUGUCUGAUGGAUCCCCGUGUGUGUUAGAAUCACUGUCUGAUGGAUGGUAUACAACUAUGUCAGUUACAUGUAAUAUUAUAUUAAUACUUUAAAUGUAAUAAGAGUUUGUAUUGACCUAAUCUCGUGAUCUGAUCCUCUGCAGGAGAUGAGGAAUCCUGAGCUUUGUUUACUUAUUUAUUUCAUAUUUUAUUAGCGUUGUUUUCUUUCAUAAUGAUGUAAUUUAUUUAAAUGCUGUCGAUGUAUAAACUCUGAUAUAGAGACGACAUAUUAAAUUAGUUUAAUGAGAUCUCAA